CAAUCAGUUGUUAUUUGUUUUAAAUUAUCAACGGAAAAAAAUCAAUAGUUUUUCAAUAGUAAUCAAUAAUUUAGAAUAAUAUCAAUAUUUUCAUUAAGUAAAUCACACACUACUAUCACAGCACAUAUAAUCUCAUUAUGUCUUCAAAAGGUAAAGGGGGUGGAGAAAAUGCCGAUACAGGUAGCGGUGGUGAUAAUAAACAACCACAACCAAAUCCACAAUUACAAGCAUCAUCAAGACGUAUGCAACAAACACAGGCUCAAGUGGAUGAAGUAACCGAAAUAAUGCGUGUUAAUGUUGAAAAAGUAUUGGAACGUGAUACAAUGAUAUCACAAUUGGAUGAACGUGCCGAUGCAUUGAAAGAAGGUGCCGAAAUGUUUGAAAAACAAGCCGGUGCAUUAAAAUCAAAAUAUUGGUGGAAAAAUAUGAAAAUGAUGUUAAUUAUGGGUGGUAUUGGUAUUGUAUUCGUAUUGGUCAUUUUUGUUUGGUUCAGUAAUUAAAUUAACGAAAAUGUGGGCGAAAAAUAAAAUAAAUAAAUAGAAUUUG